ACCGGCCUCGCACGUUCUGGCUGAACAUGGCCGAUGCUGCCUUCCAGAGCCUCGUGUGCUUUUUCAUUCCCUACCUGGCCUACUACGACUCUGACACAGACAUCUUCACCUGGGGCACCCCCAUCACUGCCAUCGCCCUGUUCACCUUCCUCCUGCACCUGGGCAUCGAGACCAAGACCUGGACCUGGCUCAACUGGACGGCUUGUGGCUUCAGUGUCGUGUUAUUUUUCACCGUGGCUUUGAUUUACAACGCUUCCUGCGCGACGUGCUACCCUCCCUCCAACCCCUACUGGACCAUGCAGGCGUUGAUGGGCGACCCCGUGUUUUACUGCAUUUGUCUGCUCGCGCCCGUGGCUGCUCUGCUGCCCAGGUUGUUUUUCAAAGCCCUGCAGGGGACCCUUUUCCCUACCCCGCUGCAGCUGGGACGCCAGUUAGCCAAGCGGUCCCCCGGGAAAUUCAGGGCUCCCGGAGAGACCUCUGCUCAGGGGCACAUCCCGGGAGAAGCAAGGACGGAGCCACCGGGACAGAGGAGCAUCAGUGCCGCACAGUCCGUCUCCCAGGACUGCAGCUCACGGGUGUCCCGGGGCGCGCGGCAGCCGGCCUGCUCCCCCGAGGCUGGCGGGGAGCCCAGCGCGGUGGACGUGGGCGUGCUGCGGAGGGAGGGCGCCCUGCCGGACAGGUUGGGCAGCCAGCCCUCCCGGUCCUCCUCGCCAGGGCCGGUGGCCGUGGAGGGCUGUCCGGGAGGCUCCAGGAUGAAACCUGUGAGCGCCAGCCGGCCAGCCCCCUGGCCAUCCGUCUUCAGCGUGCCCGGCCUCAGCUCCCUCAACUGGAUGUCCUCGCUGUCCCUGGUCGGCGGGCUAGGCAGCGUCCUACAGUUCUCCCGGAGCGGUCUGCCCAUGGACAAGCGCGACGGCGACUUCCUGCCCGGCUCCGCGCUGCCGGACCGGGACCUGUGUGGCUUGAGCGGGCAGACCACAGACUGCUUCUAGGACCCCCUUCCAAGAAGCGCGGCUGGCAGUGCAGAGUGAAAACCUUGAAAUGCCCCCCCCCCCACUUUUUUUUUUUUUGAAAGAUGUUAAUAUUAUUUAUGUUUAUUAUUUGCACAGAGUUCUAGUGAGGUAUAUUUUAUAUAUUUCCGAGGCUGACACAGGAAAUGAAAGGUACCGAAAAAAGAAAGUUUAUUUUUUAAAAAUUUUAAGUAGAGUAUAUUGAAAAGAAAAAUAAGAGCUUUAUCUUAUAUAAAAGUUUAAAGAAGAGUGACACUUGAAAAGGUGUGUUUAGAUUUAUUUUUUCAUCUCAUUUUAUUAAAGAAAAUGCAGUCUGUUUGGUUUGCUUCAGUAUGUGUGACCUUUGCUUUCCCUGAGGAUGAGCACAGGGAACCCCCGGCGAGUGUGGAUGGAGUUGAGGCAGGUGAUGGGCACACGCGUGGCUUUGACGGAGAUCCUCACUGUCUGUCUGUCAGUCCCACCACUAGGAGGGUUGGGUCUCUGCUUCACCAGGAAAGGGAAAUUGAGAACUCUGGGAAAGCAGACACACACAAAAUUCAUUCCAACGUUCAUUUCUAUGCAGGAAUUUGGUAAAGAUCACCUGUACGUAUUAUAAUUCCUAUGUAGGUUCUUGCCUGUUAAAAUCAUAACAAGCAAUAAACAGCCUUCACUUUGCAAAGA